AUGAUGCAGAAAGUCCGCAACAAUCUGCCACCCAUGUACCGGCCGAUGCAGUCCCUGGAUCGUAUCGAAGAUGUGUGGGAUCGUAUGAUGCAACAUUUUGAGUUUCAUUCCCGGUUCAUUGUGCACUUUGUCAAGUUGAUCCCCGGGUUCAAUCAGUUGGAAUUGGGUGACAAGAGACAGUUGGUUCGCGGGGCCAUGUAUCCGCUAAUGUUGCUGGAACUCAGUCGGGACUAUGUUGAUGGGGAAAGCACUCAUUAUAACUACUUCGACUUCACGUAUGUUGGUCCCUAA